AUGUCGAGGAUUGAGCGAUUGUCGAUAUACGUAGAAUUCGAAAUGCAAAAUAGUCGGAAAAGCGCCCAUACUCCUGAUAAGCCAAAUCCAGUAUACAUAUUGAUACAAUCACAAAAGGCCUUUCCGUGCCAACUCAACUUUUCGAGCAGCUUCGCCAGCUUUGAAUCCGCCCCCUUCAGGUUUGAUAUCGAGGCACCGGAUGCACAGAAGGGGUCGAGUCCCAAGCUACUGUCGUCGAACGGGAUGUUCAAACCUCAGUUGCGAGUACCCUCGCGGGUGCUCGAAAGCGUCUUUGCCCCAUUCCUUCCACAAGCCGCAAAAUACCCUCAUAACCAACCACAAUUCCUCCGCACACGGAUACCCGUCUCCUCCUCCUCCCACACAAAACCUUCGCACCAUCCGUCGCUACUCGGUUUCCAACUUCGUUAUGCCUCGCAUGCUGCCCAGGGUGCCGCCAAUGCGCAUUCCAAAAACUCCCCCGGCCGGCGUCUCGGUGCCAAGAAGACCGGCGAGCAAUAUGUGAUUCCGGGAAACAUCAUCUUCCGCCAACGGGGCACCAAAUGGUUUCCAGGAGAAAACUGCGGUAUCGGACGCGAUCACACCAUCUACGCUACUGAAACAGGCUACGUCAAGUACUACCGUGAUCCGCAACGACAUCCCACGAGAAAAUACAUCGGCGUGGCUUUCGCGAGAGACGACGUUCUUCCCACCCCUCGAAAUGCACCUACAAAGCGACGCUUGGGCAUGCUCGCGGCCCCGCGCCAAGUUGAGGAUCUAGCCGUUGUGCCGGGAAAGAGCGCGUCGCCGCCACUCAGGCCGGGAUAUCAGUACCGUGAGGGCAACUGGGAGAUUGGUCGUCUCCCAGACAAGGCUGGAAUUACGGUGCCGGAGUGGAGGAGAAAGGAUCGGUGGACGGCCUGGAGAAAGAAGACGGAGAAGAUCAAGCGGGCGGCUCAGAUGAAGGAGCUGAAGAACCGGAAGAAGGGCAAAGCGAAGGCGAAAAAGAGAUGA